CCGGGUUCCGGGGAUCUUUUUUGAGUAUUCGGAUUCUCUCUGUUCUGCGCGGCCGCCAUAUUUUUUUUUUGCACUGGGCACAAGUGGUGGACAUCCUCUUUGAGAGAGUGCACGGAGAGUAGUCAAAAUGUUAUCGAGAUUAGCAUUGAAAAAUGCUCAGGCGCUGCCUCCCAUGGUUCGCUCUGCACCAUGCAUGUCGACCCUUCUUCCAGGGUUCGAACGCAGACAGCGACCCAUCGAUCCAUCACCGGUUCGUCAUGCUUUCAUUCCUGAAGGAUGGUUCACUAUGUUUUACCCAAAAACUGGUGUAACUGGUCCGUAUAUGUUUGGUGGCGGUGUUGCAACCUAUCUCGUAUCCAAGGAGAUUUACGUAUUGGAACACGAAUUUUAUACCGGUGUUUCCAUUUUGAUAAUGUUUGUUUAUGGUGCCAAAAAAUUCGGUCCCAUGCUCGCCGAAUAUCUUGACAAAAAAUUGGAUGCCGAGGAGGCUGAAUACGCUGAGGUUCGCAAUCACCAAAUUCAGUCAUGUGAGGAUGCUAUCGCAAACGAAAAGAAACAACAAUGGAGAUCUGAAGUCCAGCAGCUUAUCAUCGAUGCUAAGAAGGAGAACGUCCUGAUGCAAUUGGAAGCGACCUAUCGUGAAAGAAUAGCCAUGGUUGCCACUGAGGUCAAGAAGCGUCUGGAUUACCAAACUCAAAUAGCGCACGUAGAGCGGCGUUUGGCUCAGAGACACAUGGCUCAAUGGAUCAUAAAUAACGUAAUGAAGGCGAUAACACCAGAACAGGAGAAAGCAUCGUUGCAACAAUGCAUCAAAGACCUUCAGGCGUUAUCUACGCGAGCGUGAAUUGUUACGGAAAUAUUAGACGAAGUAGAUUAAAAUAAUAACUACAAGAAGUGUUGGCUAAGAGUCGGUGCUUCACGAUGAAAAAUCGAAAUCCGUGUCGAAUUGUAAUUUCGUGCAGUUGAUCUAUCCAUGUACAAUGUUGAAAUAAUAAAUCAUUGAACAAUCUCUUGAUAAGUAUA